GGUUCAUAUAUGCAAGUUGAAAAGUCUCCAGAACCUUCUUUAAGUUCAUGCGGCUGAAACCAUGGGCGUAUGUAUUAAUUUACCAUUUUAAAAAGGAACUUUCUGAAAGGAGAAAGACCAACACUCAUCUGAAGAUUUUAUUUUCUGUGCAACUGUCUCUCAUCAAUCUCCUUUCAUGUCAUCUGCUUCUACCUGAACGAUCCUUAAAAACCAAAAUCUAUAAAAGUUUUGGGUUUUAGGGUUACUGCGACAUUUGAUGAUUCCAUUUAAGAUUUGAUUGAAAAGACUCUGACCCAUAAAAAAAACGUCGUAUAAUUUAGUCGAUUUCACCAUGGAACCUUUCUACCCAGUUGUAAAGGAAGAAUACCCUUCUAAUAAGCAAUCUGUGAUUAUAAAUAUGCCGCAACCAAUGGAGGGUCUACACGAUGCCGGACCUCCACCUUUCUUGACAAAAAUAUACGACAUGGUGGAUGAUCAAAGUAUGGAUCACAUUGUUUCUUGGAGUAGAGGAGGUCAAAGCUUUGUUGUAUGGGAUCCACAUGCUUUCUCUGUUAAUCUCCUUCCAAGAUACUUCAAGCACAACAAUUUCUCCAGCUUUGUUAGACAGCUCAAUACUUAUGGUUUUAGAAAGAUAGAUCCUGAUAUAUGGGAGUUUGCGAAUGAAGGAUUUUUAAGGGGGCAUAGGGACAAUUUGAAGAACAUUAAAAGAAGAAAGACGCAUUCACAACCAAUCUCACAACAAGCUACAAAUCAACCUUGUGUGGAAGUUGGAAAAUUUGGAAUCGAUGGUGAAGUCAAACAUCUGAGACGUGACAAACAGAUUUUAAUGAUGGAAUUAGUGAGGCUGAAACAACAACAGCAAAAUACCAGGGCCCACCUUGAAGCGAUGGAAAUGAGAUUACAAGGAACUGAAAAGAAGCAGCAAAAGAUGAUGAGUUUUUUAGCAAAAGCAAUGCAAAAUCCCGAUUUUGUCCUGAAGUUGGUGCGCCAUGGGAAAAGGAAAGAUGUUGAAGAAUGUAGUAUUAUGAACAAAAAGAGACGAAUGAUUGACCAUGGUGAAGGGUCAAAGGUAAUUAAAGAUGAACCAGAAGAGUGGGAAAUGUCUGAGUUAGAUGCACUUGCUUUAGAAAUGCAGGGAAUUGGUAGAUCCAAAAGUAAUCAAGAGGAAGUAGCUAAUUAUGAUCUUGAUGAUAAAGAACUUGAUGAAGAAUUCUGGGAAGAAUUGUUUACUGAACAAUUUGUUUUUUUAGAUCUGAUCCUCUCAUGUGAAUCUUAUCUUAAUUAUCAGACUGGAAGCAUUUUCUUGGCCAGAUUCAAGUGCUUGUUCAAGAUUGCCAUGAAGAUACCACAUAUCAGAAGAUUCUUUGGCUGCUAUUUGGAUGUCGGCUAAAAUAUACUAGUUAAUGGUACACCUGGUAUUAAUUAUUAUUUGGUAUUUUUAAAUAAAAAUGAUAAUGAUUGUGGGACCCAUAUGCGUAUUCAUUAUUGUGCAAGAUAUUUUCAAUUUUAAACAGGAAUUAGGUAAAAUAAUUGACAAAAGAAAGAAUCAAAGAGCCAUACACUCUUUAAUAUGAGCCUAUGAGGUAUAAGUUGUUGUACAAUAUUGUUUCGUAUUUGAGAAAUGUUGCUCCAUAAAGAUGCAUGUUAGUGUGAUCAUAUUGUUACAAUCAACUAUUUAAUCUGGU